AUGGUUUGCCAGUGUGGAGGACGUUUCCCUCGGGACCCUUGGAUGGACCUCGUCGGGCCCCAACGCGCAGAAUGGGUCGAUCUCGUGCAAGAGUUGACGAGCGUCCUCCACCGUCAGGACCAAUCCCUCAAGGAGAACGCGGGUGAUCCAGAAUCUCGGGGAUUCCGGUUGCCAAGUUAUCACGCAUCAUGUGGUGACAUCCCCAUUCUAAAUGGCUUGAAUCUGGAUGAUGAAGUAACCGUUCGGAAGAUAAAGCAUUUUGGUGGCUAUCUCGAAGGGACCCCAUUGAAGAUCAACCGUACCUGCAAUCUUACCUCAGUUUUUCUACCACUUCAGGUCCCCUCGACCAACCAAAAAACCAUGCUACUCAAGGAAUUGCACAUUCCAGCCACUGACCUCAAACAUGGCGUCCACUAUGGGGCUGUUCAAAAGCCGAAAUAUGUCACGCCAGUAAUGGCACGGCACUGCUAUUACCAGUUUGAUAGCACAACCGCAACUAUUCCCUUCCUACUGUUGACCAUACCAUCCCGCCGACUCGUUCCACUGACUGAAAAUACGAACAAAUUAUCCACCUGGCCUAAAUGUCUCCUAGACGUGUUCAUUCUAAUCUGCUUAACCUUUUUUGUAUUGGCUUAUUCCGGUGGACUUUCAGUAUGUGCCUCCCACAAAGUCAACAAUUUUCUAAACAGUUAG